AUUUUAAAUUUUCAUCUAGACAAUCCUUUUAACCACUGAAAUAAAUAUAUAAAAUACAUGCCGGAUGUAAUAGAAUCUAUAAUUAUUAAAAUUAAGUGUUCCUUUUAUUUAGUCAUAAAUUCCUGUGACGAAAAGGAAUAUUUUUGAAGUCGGGAUUUAUUUGGAUUUUUGAACAAGAAUUUCCAGAAUGAAAAUGCAAACUGUAAGAGCGGUGUUCUAUUUUUGCCUGCUUCGAUGCGCCCUGACGGAAAUUUUCGAUCAUGCCUUUGAACAGGAUCUGGAAAGGUUUAUAGGAAAGACGAUGGAAUGCCGCCAUAUUCCUGGUUUGACAGUGUCUGUUGUUAAAGAUUCAGAAACUUGGACAAGGGGUUAUGGCAAAGCAGAUUUAUCACAAGGACGAAUGGUAGACAACACUACACUGUUUAAUAUAGGAUCAGUAACAAAAUCGUUUACAAUGGUGCUUUUAGGAAUUCUGUUGACAGAAAAGGGGCUAGACUGGAACGCAAAGGUGCACGAUAUUCUCGGACCUGAUUACGAGUUUAUAGACGAAUACCGAAGCAAAGAGAUGACACUUCGUGACAUGCUCUCACAUCGGACUGGUCUGGCUCGGCUUGAUAUAGGUGUUUUCUCUGGUUAUCCAGCCGAUAUCACAAGGGAAAAAUUAAGCAUCAAAAUGAAGAACUUGCCACAACAACUGCCUUUCCGGGACGCCUUUCUUUACAACAAUUAUAUGUUUAUGAUGCUAGGACAUGUGGCAGAAAAACUCGGUGGAGACACCUGGGAAAAACUCGUUACUUCUAAAGUACUGCGCCCACUCGAAAUGACUUCUACACGAAUUCUUAAAGAACCAAAAAAUGUGUUGGAAAAUGGCGUUGCUAAACCGUAUAUAUUCAAAGACAAUACAUUUAAGAAUGCAACACUGGACAUAUAUAGCCUUCAUCCGUGUGAACCAGCUGGAGCAAUUCUGUCUCUCCUUGACCCGGGAUUACUGUUAGAUGCAUUUACAACAACUACACCUACUGUAGACAGAGCCUUCCUAGAUAGUUACUUUCUAACACACCCAGAAUUUCCAGUCUCAGAUACACCUGUAGGAUACGGACAUGCAUGGUUUACUUCGGCGUACCGGGGAUACCGUAGAAUAUGGCACAGUGGAGGACUUUUUUCGUAUAUAACGCACGUUUGGAUGUUCCCAGACGUAAAUGCAGGAGUUUAUGCAAGUGUCAAUGGUCCCGCUUUGAAUAAGUUGCCGGGAUAUGCUAUACGUACAGUUUUGUAUUACAUCAGUGAUAAACUACUUGGGAAAGAACAAUGGCUCAAUGAAACAACAACAUGUGAGUUUCCACAGCUUUGGCGACACAAGACCACAAACUCCACACCACCAGAGCCGUUGGGAAAGAUACAAAAUCCGUCGGAAUACUCCGGCUAUUACGGUAGUCAUUACCUUCCUGGCAUAAAUGUUUCCGCAAAUGUUGGAGACUCUUCGUCACUAUUGUUUCAAACGAACAAAUUUGGAGGUAUUCUUCAUUCCACACAAGACAAGGACAGAUUUUUGAUGGAUACUACCUCCCCUUGGGAAUUUAUGACAGUAUUUUUAGAUGAUAAUAAUGUUACAAAAAUGAUAAAUUCAACGUUUGUACGGAAUGAUGACGGCGUUGUACAGUCAUUAGAGCUUCAGUUUGAGGUUAAGGUAGUGUACAGUAAAGGUGUGUCAAUUCUAAACGAUGUGGUAUCUAGUCAAGCUACUGCUACAUACCUUGAUAAAUACCAGUUGAUUAUGUGGACUGUUUUGAUAAGGAUCAUGUUGGGCAUAGGUACAUACCCCCUCCACCUGCCUAAAUAAGUACUAGUUGUUUGUGUGGACUCUUGGUACAUGUUCAUGUUGAGCAUUGGCACACAGGGUGUUUACCUACCUAGAUAGAUACCAAUUGUUUAUGUGGACUGUUUCAUAACGCUUAAUUUGAAUAUACGUACAAAUAGCUUUUACCUUCCUAGAUAAAUAGCAGUUGUUUAUGUGGACUGUUUUGGUAAGGCUCAUGUUGAGCAUAGGUGCACAUAGCUACUACCAACCUAGAUAAAUACCAGGUGUUUAUGUAGAUUGUUUCUUAACGCUUAAUUUGAACAUACGUACAAAUAGCUUUUACUUUCCUAGAAAAAUACCAGUUGUUUGUGAGGAAUGUUAUCGCAACUUCUGUCUGCAUAAAUAAUUUCCAGAUGUUUGUGUUUGGAAUGAUAUGGUAGAGCUUGUAUUCAUCUUCUGUACGGUAAAUAUAAUACUGAAACGUCUUGUGAGUGUAAACAGUUACUGUAGUAAUGCAUGUUUGUUUAAAACACUGAACAUUUAUAAUUAAAUGAUUACUGUAACUAAAACAAAUGGACGUUUUGUUCAACUUGAAUUUACUUUAAUGUGACUGUAGCUCUAGGAACAAAAUAUAUAUUUAGCCAAACAAGAUAUAUUUGAUAAGGAUUUUCUAAAUGACGAUAUAGUAUGAAAGUGAAAGAUGGACCUAGUACAUCUUUAACUCUUAUCAUGCUGUACGACUGAUUCUGCCUUUGCGACCAGUGUAGAUCAGGAUCUGCCUGCAUAUCUGUGUAGUCUGAUCAUGACCUACACAGUUCGCCAAGUAGUCAGUAUAUGUUUGGUAUGCGUCCCCUAUUAACAGUUAAUGGUACCGCCCAAAUUAAAAGAUGGAUAAGCUCAUUACAGAAAUUUAGCAGGCUACGGGUU